AUUUUCUCCUCUCUUCACUUCACCCUUUGUACAUCUGAGAGGAUUCGAGAUCCAUUGAUAUUCUAAAUCACUUUGGUCCUUCACCAUUGCAAACAUCCCCAAACCCCCACCCCUCAUAUCCAAAAUGUCUCACCUUCAACCCUCAACCCUAUUCUCCGUCAAAGGCCUAGUCGUAGUCCUAACAGGAGGGGGAAGUGGCCUAGGGCGCAUGAUGGCACAUACCCUCGACGCCAACAAUGCAUCCAAGAUCUUCAUAAUUGGCCGCCGAAUCAAAGCCCUGCAAGAGACCAUCGCCCAGACCCCUAACGCCAACACCGCCAUAAUCCCAAUCCAAGCCGACAUCUCCUCCAAAGAAUCCCUAGAAGCAGCCUACAAAGCCAUCGCCGCCCAAACUGACCACGUCGAUCUCCUCCUCGCCAAUAGCGGCAUCCUCGGCCCCAACGCCAGUCCGCCACCCCCAAACACCGACGGGUCUCUCCCUACCCUCACCCAGGUCCGGGACCGCCUCUGGUCCGUCCCCAUGGAGGACUUCACGAAGGUCCUCGACGUCAAUGUCACCGGCGCGUAUUACACGGUGCUGGCUGUCUUGCCGCUGUUAGAGGCUGCGAAUAAGCAGCGGCCGGUGGCUGUUAAGAAUCAGGUCUCGGCGCCCACGGCGCAGGUUAUUAUUACUACUUCCAUUGCUGGGUUUAAUCGAAAGGUGCCUGUUAGUGCAGCCUAUAAUCUGUCGAAGGCGGCGGCCAAGCAUUUGGUGAAGAUGCUUUCGACGACGUUGGCAUUUUAUGAUAUUCGGGUUAAUGGGAUUGCGCCGGGGAUUUAUUUGUCGGAGAUGUCGGCGCAGAACUUUGAGGAGGGGGAUAAGGGGGUUUCGGAUGGGACGUUUCGGAGGGAGAUGAUUCCUCUCACCAGGGCUGGUGGGGAGGAGGAUAUUGCUGGGCUGCUUCUUUAUAUGGCUAGUGCUGCUGGGGGUUAUUUGAACGGGAAUAUCACUAUUUCUGAUGGUGGGCGGUUGGGUAAUGUCCAGGCGACGUACUAA